GGUUGAUGCAAGGGGGCUAAAUUUAUCCUCCGUCGAGGUUCAGCUCGGCUGCUGGAGGAAGACGCGUUUUCUCUACAAGAGUUUGUUUCGCGGGUUGUUUAUUUAUCACCUGUGAUUUUUUUUUUGUUUUACUUCCGCGGGUCGUGGUUCCGUCAGCGCUCAGGCCGGACUGUGCGCGUCGGGGAUCAGCGGCGGUGGCAACAUGGCUGAACCCGCAGGAAAGAGGUUAAAGAGCAGCCUGCCGCUGUGCAAGACGCACCGGAGCUCCGCGGGCACCAGCCGGGCCAGGCACAACCUGCCGGCCGCCGUGGAGGAGGCUCUGUGCGGGGUGAGCAGCCUGCUGUUGGACGGAGCGUACAGACUGCAGGCUCUGGCCAGUGUGUUUGAGCGGGACGACGUCGCUCUGCCUCGCGUCGCUUCUUUCUUCCACCAGGAGGCGUUGAAGCAGCAGGACGAGACCGAGGCCAUGCUGGGCUACCUGGCCGAGAGGGGGGGCAACUACUGCGGCAAAGACAUCCAGAAGCCGGGCUGCGAGGCGGUCUGCGCCGUGUUGCCGGCUCUGGAGCUGUUGCUGCUCCAGCUGAAGGAGGAGGCCGGCGUCCUGGUCGAGCUGAGCCAGUUGGCCCGCAAGCACGCAGACCCGCACACCGCCAGCGUCGUGAAGAGCCACUUCCUGACGCCGCGGGUGGACCGCCUCAAGCUGCUGGGAGACCUGCUCACCAGCGCCCGUCGGACGGGCUGCACCAGCGACCAGACGGGGCGGUUCGGGGAGUACAUCCUGAAUGAGCUGCAGGAAGAGCUCAGCAGAUGAUCGGUCAGCUUCUCUGAACAGGAAGUCUUUAUUGGUUUAUGAUGCUCCUUCUGGCGUUUCUCUGCAGGGAAUAAAGGGUUAAUUUUCCUCUGUAAAAGAUAAAAAUUUGACAUUUUGAGAAAUUUACUUGUCGGCCAUUUUCCCCAGAGUCAAACAUGUUUAGCCUAGCUUAGCACAGAGACUGAAAGCAGAGGGAAGCUGCUAGCCUAGCUCGAUUACAAGAGAUAUAAAAAGUUUUUUUCCAUCAACAACAAAACUUUAACUUUUUCCAGAAUGAAGUCCAGAAUAUAAAUUAAAGUGUUUAAGAAAAAAAAAAAAAAAUUUUAUCCUCCAUGAAUUAGCUACCACUCAAAACACUGUUACGUUGUGACCUGUUCACGCCAUGUUACAUGUUUCAUUUCUUUUAUAAUUACAAAUGAAAAGUCCAUGUGGAUGGAGAAGCACUUUACGAUAAACAGGAAGUUUAAUUAAACAGAUAAAGAAAGAGAUAAACAUUCUUCAGGACGUGUUUAGCCUAGCUUAGCACAGAGACUGAUAGCAGGGAGAAGCUGUUUAGCCUAGCUUAGCAUAGAGACUGAUAGCAGGGAGAAGCUGUUUAGCCUAGCUUGAUUAAAAGAGGAAACAAAAUGCACUCAAACAACUCCUGUCUUUAUAUUGUUUAAAUUAGUUUGUUCAGUUUCGAAUUCAAAACACAGCCAAAACUCUUGGCUACGUCGUCACCUUCAUGUCCUUUAUGUUUAUAAUAUGUCUUUCCUCUCUUUUGUUGGUGUCAGUGUGGAAGAAUAUUAAACCAAGUGAGAAGAUAAGACUUAAUCAAGGACGUGUUUAGCGUAGCUUAGCACACAGACUAUAGAAGCAAGGGGAAACUGCUAGCAUAGCAUCAAAAUAGAAAAUGUAUCCUACCAUUUCCAUAUAUUUUACAGUAUUGAAAGUUUGUCAUGAAAUAUUUUCAUUUAAAUAUCAUUAAGUUUCUGUCAAAACUGUUAGUUAAUGUAAAGUUGUGACCUUUUUGUUUCAUUCUUAUGGUAUGACUGUUGCGUUUGUGUUUUCCCUCUCCCUCGUUAUAACUUUUAUAAGUGAAUAAUGGGAGGGUCAGUGAGUGAACCACCAGUUUUUGAUAAAAAAA